AUGGACGCAGAUCUAAGCAUACUACCCCCCGACAAGGAGCUCUUUACCGCUCCUGAGCCACAGCUGUCGCAGGGCCUAUCCAAGUUCUUUGAAGCACUCAGAAGUCUUCCACCAGACGAUAAACAUAUAUUCGAGGCUGUACUUGCGCUUGCGAUCCAUGUUCCGGACGAGCCUGAUGGGGAGCCACGGCCCAACAGAACAGCACUAGAUCCGCUCGCCCAAGCUUGCAUUCGAGCUGGGAUGACAGAAGUCAUGCUUCAGUUUAUACACUUUCCUGAUGAAGAAUUCGUAGAAGCGUAUUCGCUCUAUUAUGGCUACAUGAACCAAUGGCAGGCCUGGAACUCGCUGCUCAGGUUGGCACGAUAUGGUACUAUCCAAGAGCGAGAACAGUACCUAGACAAGCUCAUGGACGGAGGAAUCAUUCCACUAGCGGCAGAGGUGCUUGGUGUCUUAGCUUCACAGACGUACCUUAUCAAGAGACUAUCAUCCGACACUACCGCUGAUAUACUUAGGGCCUUGUACACGCUUGCGCUCCAGGACCCAGAAGCAACCUCAGACCAGCUAAGGGAACCGAGGACGAUUUUUCAACAAAGCAUGCUAAGAUUGGAUGGCAACGAUCCGUGGAACGAUGAUGAACACUCUCGAAGUCUCAUGUCGAAUCGCCUUUUUGGUCAGGCGCAAGGCGCUGCACUUGAAACCGCCCGUAGUCUCAUCGUGUUAAACACGCAGCCGUCUUCAAGACAUUAUCUCGAUGUUCUCAGGCAGAAGCCAUCUAUCAUUGACCUGUUAAUGGACUGCUUGCUGAUUAAACCACUUCAUUGCCACCCGGAGUGCACGGCAGCAUACGCAGCUAGCGACAACUUGGCGGCCCUUUUCAGGUGGCCUUCCUCCAUGCUGGUUCCUGGUAUCUCAACGCCAGCUGAACAAGUGCUGGGUGGCAAAGAUUGGAAGGCGCUCCUUCAGUCUCUGCAGCUUCUUACUUCGCACAGAGACUGGACCGAUAAUAUCAUUGAGGCAUGGAUGAAAACUGAGCCGGAUGUAGAGGAUAUCGAGGACAUGGAUCGGAGUAUUGAAGAUGCUCAUAACCUCUUUAGCGAGGAAAGGUCCCAGAUAGACGAAGAAGAGAUCGAUGAGGAUUUCAAGACAGCAACUGGGCGCGCCCGAAUUUCCCUCCUUCGGGUCGUCGCAACAUUAACUCAUGGCGCCGAUGCAGCAGGCGUCAGAAACGUCGAUGUCUAUUCCUUACUGCCCAUCGCUUACCGAGCCAGCCAGCAAGAACGACCAUUCGAAGAAAUGAUCCACGAAUGGCCAGACUGGGCCGAGCUAGAAAACAGCUACGAAUUGGAGAUCGAACACUACUUUGUGGCCCCUGAAAGCUUGCUUGGACCCACGGCUUACACGCGGCUAUUGACUGUCUUAGCUCAGAGGAACGCCUUGAAGAGCCUCCACUCGCUGCAAAAGCCUCCCGCCGGUCUAUCCCCUACGACGUCUGCUGCACAGCUCCGUCAAAUCACUCAUCCAGACGUUAUCUCACGCUUACUCACUAUCGCGAUCAUCAGAGUCCAGGGUGCCAUGAGGAAAGCAGAGAGGGUCAGCGAGGGUGAUGUGCCGAGUAUUAAGAUAGGAGCUGGUCUUGUCUUUGAGGCAGUUGCGGAGCUCGCCGCAGCCGUGGUUGCAUUUGACGAUUUAACAGGUGGGGAAUAUGCGGCCGAGGCAGCAUCUGCGGCCAGACAUUACCUCGUUCUAGCGUUGCAACAUAUCUCUGAGACCGCCACCAGGGCGAGAAAAUACCGGCGCGCUUACUUAUAUCUGGUAGCCGCCGUCGAGGUUGGUGACAGCAUCAAGGACCGGCGUGCAGGAUGGACUGAUGUCGAAGGCAAGCUCAAAAAACAGCUUCGGCAAGCCAAGAGAGCCUUCGAAGCCCAAGCGAACACCGACAUUGACAUCCGUUGUGACGUCUUUGAUGGCACUCCUUAG